AUGAAGAGGAAGCUUCAAAAUGUCCUUCCAGAUUGGAAUCCUAAUGCGUCCAAUAACACCUGCGUGUUUUGUAUCUUUGAAGCGUCUGACAACCCCGUCAACCUCAGAAUAGCACUCGAGAGGUACAGCGACCAGGUUAAAGACCUAGAAUCUAAAACCUGGAGAGGGAAGAAGAUUAGAACAUUCUUGAGUGGCGACUAUGAAUUUUUGUGCCAUAUGUAUGGCCUGUCAGGAGCAUCAGGAAAGUACUGCUGUAUUUGGUGCCUGGUUACUUCUGAUCAGCUCCGAGACCCACCCCAGAGUGUUCCUGCCAGAAGCACACAGAGCAUUUGUGAUGACUUUAAGAGUUUCACUGCAGCUGGAGCAGAUCUGAAGAAGCAUAAUAAUGUUGUAUGCCCACCUGGUCUGCACAUUUCCCUCGGGAUUUUCUACCGGCUCUUUUCCCAUGAGAUGGACAUAAUGGUGGCUAGUGAAGACUGCGCAGAGAAAGGUGGAGCGAGUUAUGGUCACUAUGCACAAGCAUUGGAGAAGGUCAAGCGUGAUAUGAGAAGCUACAAUGUACUUCAGACAAAAGAGUUCCACCUAGCUGAAGCUGAGAUAGCAAAAGGGUUUAAGCUCUACGACGGGCCUUUUGUUAAGGAACUCGAUACAGCUCUGGCUUCCUUUAAUGUACGUCGGCAAGCUUACUACAGUGGAACAUUCGUUGGGAACCACGCUCAUCGAACACUGAAGUUACUAACAGCAUUUUUGAUUUUCAGAGAACAACAUUGCAAGUAUUACCGGGAAAGGUUCCCUACGGCAUCCAUCACACCCAAACUUCACAUGCUAGAGAAGCACACAAUCCCAUGGCUGAGAGAGUGGGGUCCUGGUGUGGCUUUUGGACUCAUGGGGGAACAGGGGGCCGAAAGCAUCCACAACUGGUUCAACAGAAAGGGGCACAAAUUCGUCAAUGUGGAGAAACUUCACAGCAAAAUGAAGAACCAUUUUAUAAAUGUUGCUCCACUGAACAUAUCACUAAAACCAGUCAUCAAAAAGAGAUGUUUAUAAACAAAAGAUCAGAUCAUUUUCUGAUAAAAAAUUGUCUACAAACCAAUGCUCAUAUCUACUAUAGAAAAAGUUAGCGCAUAAUGAGAGUUAUACAAUAAGAUAGAACUAUGCUUACCAUAUAAUUCAGUCUUUAUUCCAAACACAGAAAAUUUUCCACAUUGAAGUUAUAGCUCUUUAAACUUAGCGUGUACAAUCAGGGCUGCUUCAUGCGGUUUAUUGUAACUUUGUGCUCUUCCUGCAGUAGAUAGGUGAAACCACAAGGGCUGGUCUUCCUGUUGAAACAACCAGGAAAUUUUAAUGCCUUACCGGAAGUGUACUGAGGUAUGAAAAAAUGCAAUGAGCACGCCCACUUCCUGUUAAACUAUCGAAACACCUGUGAAAUGUUUAUGAAGAACAGACGGAAGAAGUUGAAAACUGGAUUGCAUGUGAUGUGUGUGACAGUUGGUUUCACUGGAAAUGUGUGAAUCUUUUGUCUGAACCUGAUAAGUAUGUGUGUAGCACUUGUACCAUGUAAUAAAGUGGAUUGAAUCUUUUGUUUGCCUGUAUAAAGAGAUAAUAAUUAUAGCCAACCCGUAUUAAUUAUGAUUUAUAGCUCAUUGUAGGUGUCAAUUCCCCAGGUAGAACUACGGGUUUUACCUAGAGAUUUGAUUUACCUAGGGAUUUGACAUCGAGGUUGCCCCCAGAUGUGGUGCAAUUGAAAUAUGUAUGUUUCAAAUCCCCACCGUACUGGGGGGGUGGGGCUUGCCAUUGAUAGGUGCAUUAGGCACCUCGAUGCUCCACUGUUUUGUAGGCUGUACAGAGACACUGCAAGUAGCCAGAAGUGCAUUCCCACCGCCCUCUCACCUUCCCUACACUGCUGAAAGAUUCCAAGAUGGAUUUAGACUAGUAUUUAGAUUUUUUUGACACUUUUCCAAUUUUUGUUUAACAGCUCUAUAUGAGCAGAGGAGGUUAUGAGCAGAGGAGGUCAGAGCACCAUUAAUCUGUUUCUCUUUAGCGUUCUCUAGCUCUUACUUGCACUAAUAAGCUUUUACAUUCUCACCUUUGACCUCAAAGGAAUUCUAUAAAGGUGUAUAAUUAUCACAUGACGCCUUCCGUCAUGAUAAUGCGUGUCCAACCUCCUCUGAAGUUGAUGAGGAUCAUCACGUGAUUGAUCUAGUCUAGUGAGUGGGUUGGCUCCACCCAACUAAUGCACCCAAAUAAUGCAAGGAAUGACAUCUUGGUUCUUGCAGAGAUAGAGUAAUUACUUUAUCUCUGGUUCUUGGUACAUAGUCUAAUAAGUUAAAUCUACAGUUGAUGUUGCUGACUGAAGCUCAGGAGCACUAUCCAUUGAGGUGAGCAAGGCUAUCAAAAUGGCAUUCCAAAGUAUGAAUGAGCUCUAUGUGGUAGCCCUUUGGUGGUGAAAGCUGAAGGAUCUUAUUAAGUACUAAGUACUAAGUCUGAACAUUUUUCUUGUUGAUGAAAGUGCUCGUUUGGUCGAUAGCAAAUCCAAUGGUAACGUUGGCUGUCUGGUUGCUUACAGAAAAUGUCUUCAACAAGUUAGCUGCUGCAUAUUUUCAACUUGCGUACCCCAGUAGCCAAUAGCUUCCAUUUUCUUGCAGUGAGCCUCAAGGGUACCAUCAAAUACAUAUCUUUGAAUGCUUUCUCUCGGAUAAGCAUUUGUCGGACUGUAUGGUGAAAUUUUUCAUGGCUCAAGAUCUCUUUGGAAAGUGCUCUAAACAGACAAUUUCCAUCAGCUUGAAUGUAGUCAAUUCUCCGUUGUUUUCCUAGCAUAUUCUGAAAUAGUUUAUAUCCUUCUGUGUUCGGUGCAGGAUUAAUAAUGCAUCUUGUUUCAUGUAUAUGAUCUGCUGUCUUUUCGCUUCCCAACAGAGACUGUGUAACUCCGUACCAUUACCUCAUGUGUUGAGUAAACACAUGAGUAAAGCCCACCUGAACUUGGAACAUAUUGCGGAGGGACAGCAUUGGGUAGCUUCACAAAUCCCGGGCAAGACCUGAAAUAACCCUAUUGAAGACUCCAGGGAAACAUUGAGUCAGCUGCAGGCUCUCUCCUAAAGGGACCUUCAAUUAAAGUGUUAUACUUUGACGUACAUCUCCCAUUAUACUUCAAUCACAUGCAUAUAUAUAUAGUCCUAGGAAACGCCUCACUUUCGAUGCUCGGACGGGUAAGGUUUAGUAUGACAUGAUUGCGAGUAUGACAUGAUUGCGAACACCACAAUUAUACAAUUCGCCAUCACACUUCGAUUUAGCCAAUGAAAAGCCAUCGUGGGUAUACAUGGUUCACCCAUGCACAUUAUAAUUAUGAUCAGUACAAGGAUUUUGAGGACUACGAGUCAGAGUGGGCCCAGUAUGAUGGACCUAUGUCAGCAAGCUUGCUACAAGAAUGGCUGACGGGAUAUUAGAGAAGUGUGCUGUCAUAAUUAUCCUAUAGCAUGCAUAUAUAAAUUAUUACUGCAUGUGAUAUUACAGGGAGAAUAAUUAUGACUGAUCAUGAAUUUGCAUGUACGUAUAUACCUGCAGGGGAAUAAUGUAAUCAUGACUGUAUAGUGACUGUACUGUAUAGUGACUGUAUACAUGGAGAUAAUAUUACAUAGUAUGCUAUAAUUAUAUAUUAUGGGAAAAGAUUAUAUUUAAAGUCGUUGCAGAGAGGAAAAAUUAUGUCACUAAAGGAAGCAAUUGGUGACAUCAUGCUGUUUCGUUUGGGUAGGGGAUUGACGAUUCUAUUAUCGUAGAGUCCAGAUUCUGUUAUGUCAAGGUAUGUCAAGGGAUGCUGUUCGUAGCAAUGGCCCAGUAAUCCUCGAGUGGUAUGACCACUUUUUAAACUUUUGGUGAAAGGGCGUCUCUUUUCUACUCAUACGGACAAAUUUUCUCUGUGAAAGCAUAAAUUAAAAUUAUUAGUUUUACCGUGUAUGCUAUAUAAUUAUGUAAUGGAUUGUCAGAUGUAAUGGAUUGUCAGUUAUAACAUCACGGUAUACUAUUAUUUACCAGGAUUGCCAAAUGUUUUUGGUAUGUCUCUUUAAGCUCUUGUGGAGCCUUCCAUAACAUUGUUUGUGUGGCCUGCUGACACAUGGUCUCCAUUGCCAAGUACCUAUACAUAAUUAUAGUGAUACAAUAAAGUCAUGGCCUGUGUAUAUUAUGCUUAUAUAAUAUAAUAUAAUAUAAAUAUAGCUUAACAUAUUCGUGGGUGCAAAAUUUCGCAUGCUGUAUCUUUUAGUGAGAGCGGCCUGGAAUCAAGACUCCUCGGUCACAGGCCGAACGUUGGCUGGGGUCGAGGCAAGGCUAAUUGAUAACACUAAGUCUCCGUUGGCUUGAGAUGAUGCAAUCAUGCAUGCAGGCCCUGCAUGUAUACAUGCAUGCUUGAUAUUAUGAUACUCAUGCACGCAUAAUUAUAUAUAAUUAUAUACACGAAGCACAUGUAUUAUAUUAUAUCAUUGGAUGUGCAUGUCGAAUGAUACAAUGCAUCCAUACCCUUCUCCUCUCUUCGGUACGAAAGGUACUUAAGGUAGAGUUGGCCUCCUUGAGAACCGUCACUAAAUGCUUAGGGGACACCCAUCACUCUGCGAAAGCUGCGUUCAAAAAUGGCUAAAAUUGUUGAAAAGAUGGACCAGGUCUUUAUUGACGAAGACAAGUCCGGAGAUGAUAGAGAGAUGAUAGAGAGAUUAUUCAGCAAUUGAAAGAGAACUGUACAAGAAAGAAGUGUGAAGAUCCAGAUCUUGACCAUACUACCCAAGAGUUGGUCACUCGCGAAAAUCCAAGCAGAAUUUGGAGCAUCCAACUUCUUCAUGGCUAGAAAAGCCAAACAGCUUGUUAACGACAAAGGUGUGUUAUCUAGUCCUGAUCAUCAGCCUGGGCACUGCUUAACCCAGACUACAGUGCAUGUUGUUGUUUCCUUUUACAACAAUGAUAGUUCAAGUCGAAUGAUGCCGGGUAAAAAGGAUUUUGUCUCUGUGAAAGGUGAUCAUGGUCGAGAACAUGUCCAAAAACGUUUGAUUUUGAGUAACUUAUAUCAAAAUUUUAAACAGAAGCAUCCAUAUUGGAUUUUCGAAGUUUUCCGAACUGAGGCACUGUGUUCUUGCAGGAGCUAGUGGUACACAUUCAGUCUGUGUGUGUACCAUUCACCAAAAUGUAAAACUUAUGCUUAAGGGUAUAAAAAUACACGAGGCAACGUCCAGAGGACUAACUAGUUGUCUUGCUGUAAUGAUGUGUAAUCCACUGCUUCCAACAUGCUACUUUGGAAAGUGUAACUAUUGCCCUGGGAUAAAAAAGCUCAGCGAAUCCCUCAUAACACUGCUUGACGAGAAUCUAAUUGACAACAUCACUUACAAGCAAUGGACUGCUGUCGACUGUUCUACCCUUGAAACUAUGACAACACUAUGUGAAAAGCUUGAAGCACUACGAUCACAUUCGUUCAUCGCAACUCAGCAGAGUCAGUUUUAUGAAGAGCCGGGGGAGGUAGUCGUGUCUGCUGAUUUUUCUGAAAACUAUGCUUUCGUUCUUCAAGAUGCUGCGCAAGGAUUUCACUGGAACAACAGUCAAUGCACUAUACACCCUUUUGUUGUGUAUUUCAAGGAAUCGCUCAGCAUUAGUCACCGUAGUUUUGUUGUAAUCUCGGAUUGCUUGCAGCAUGAUACUAUUGCAGUUUACCUUUUCCAGAAACAACUCAUCGAUUUCUUAAAGGAAUACUGGGGUGCGUUCCAAAGAUGGUGUACUACUUUUCUGAUGGAGCAGCUUCUCAAUACAAAAACCGCAAGAAUUUUCUCAAUCUGUGUUACCACCAAGCUGACUUCGGGAUACCUGCUCAGUGGCAUUUUUCUGCUACUUCUCACGGGAAGGGUGCCUGUGAUGGCACUGUGAAACGCCUUGCAGCAAGAGUUAGUUUGCAAAGACCAUAUGACGAGCAGAUAAUGACACCAUUGCAAUUGUUGCAAUUGUACGAAUGGGCCUGACAGGCAAUUCCCUCUGUCGACUUCGCUUACUGUACUAUUGAGCAAUACCAAAGCGAAAAAGCUGUCCUAGAGAAUCGAUUUCAGAAAAGUCGGACUGUAACAGGAACACGAAGUUUACAUUCAUUUAUUCCAGUCUUAAACAACAUUCUUUCUCCAGCAUCUCCAAAAACGAAUGAGUUACAAAACAAGACAUGGAGAUACAAAUAGAGGCGGUGUCUGGGUAUGUGACGUGUACACAACAACUAUUGGUGGUUGGGUUGUGUCAUAGACAAAGACAUUGAUAAUGCUGAAGUCAAGCUUCAUCCACAUGGCCCAAGUCCCAAGUCGAUCUUUCAAGUACCCUACACCACCAGACAUUGUUGUAUUACCAGUAUUGAAUGUUUUAACUCUUGUGGAACCCAGAACCACAACUGGUCGUCAGUAUUCCUUAAAACAAACUGAGAACAAACUUAGAGCUAUAUUAUGAAUUCGAGACUAAUUAGCACUUUUUUGUGUAAUUAUCUAUUAACAAUCUGUUAUUCUAACAUUUAUUUGCAAAUUAAAUUAUUCAUCAAUGCCAAUAGAAGCUGUGUACUUAGUGCAACCACUAGUUACUGAGAGCGCUGUAUCUCCCAAACCCAUUGGCGUCCCAGCACAAA